UCAAAACAAAGAUGACAGACUUCUGAUGAUUUCCCCUGUGCAGACUAAUCGUUUAUUCAACUUUAACACCGAAUUUCUAAUCCAUAGUUUUAACAAAACUUACUUUCAACAGCUUUAUGACCAUAGUUGUUUUAUUGAGAAUUAUAGCAGUACAAAUUUAUAGAUUAUAGAAAUGUCCUUAAGCUUAGACGAUAAGUUACUUGGUGAAAAGGUAGACAACUACUGCAGUAGUGAUGAAGGAGAGAGAGAUGAUGACAGUGAUGAUGAACCAAGAUCAACAGAAGCUGUACAACCAACUUUUGUACCAGAGCCAGAGAUCAGAGAAUACAAUGGAUACUCUACAAAUACUGGUCCUAAAGGAGUAAUCAAUGACUGGAGGGAAUUCAAGAGGUUGGAAACAGAGAAGAAGGGUGAACAAGAAAGAGAAAGACAAGCAUUAUUGAAGAAACUUUCUAUAACUUGUAGAUCCCAUCUUGAUGAUGAGAGAGAAAAACAGAAGGACGAACAGUUUAUGGAAAAAAUGGAAAGGGAAAUGGAUGAAAUUGAAGAAGAAUUCAUGAAACAGUAUAGAGAAAAGAGAAUAGAAGAAAUGAGAAAAGCUUUACAAAAUGUACCAAAGUUUGGUGGAGUUGUGCCAUUAAGUUCCAAUGAUUUUGUUGAUGAAAUAGACAAAGAGAAUCCACAAGUUUAUAUUAUUGUUCAUGUAUAUGAAGAUAGAAGCAAAGCUUGCAAAACGAUGAAUGGAUGUUUAGUUAAUUUAGCACAGGAAUAUCCAACUGUGAAAUUUUGUAAAAUUAGAGCCACAGAAACUAAACUUAGUAUGAAAUUUGCCAAGGAUGGUGUUCCAGCAUUGUUGAUAUAUAAAGGAGGUGAUAUGAUAGGGAACUUUAUAAGAAUCUCUGAUGAACUAGGGGACGAUUUCUUUUCCUCCGAUGUUGAGAGUAUAUUGGAAGAACACAGUUUCCUACCAAAUAAUGAUGCUAUAAAUAAAUGUAUUAAAGACAAAACAACAGGAGAGAAAAGAUCUGUACUGGCUGAAGAUGAUGACACAGAUAGUGAUUUUGAUAUUGACUGAGAUCAAAGGAAAGAUAAUUCAAGAUGUGAAGUGACAAAAUCUGAGAAUAAUAUGUCUCAGAUUGAAACAUUAAUGUCUGCAAAAUUGUGGAUAUCCUUAGAAAAAUACAUUUUUAAAAUUACAGUCAAACCUGCCUUUAUGGCUACCUCAUUUCAGUGGUCACCUGCCUCUAUCUGUCACUUUCAGACCCUGCCAACAUUUUCUCUAUAUAAUUUAACUGGUUUGAGCGUUCACCUGUCUAACACGGUCAGUCUUCACCUGAUUUCCACACGAAAUUGUCAUUUCAACUUUUAAUAACGGUCAUUUUAAUGUUAAACUACCAAAAUAAUUAUGACGAAAUAAGAUCGUGCAACAGAAGAUGAAUUUGUGAAUUCCCAGUCUUCCACUCCUUUCAGUUUCUAUUGAAAACCGUGUCAAUGACUUAUUUCUCCACGAAUAUUAACAUAUUUCAAAUUUUUCUUAAAAUUAACAGCACCAGAAUCCGCCAUUCUUUAUUUUACUGCUUGAAAGUUCGAUAACUCUGCUGAUUGAAAACACUAAAACAAUUUGCCCCCAUCCCAGCACAGGUCAUGUCAGAAUCGCAAUUUUUUGGAACCUCAUUUAAAAGAUCACCUCUCUUGAGCUGUCACUUUUGAUACUUCCCAUGAGUGACUGCUUAAUACAGGUUUGACUGUAUGUAAACUGCUAAGAUAACAAUUGAUGUAUAAUUUUAUUAGUUGAUUAAAUAAGGUGUUAUAAUAACAUGUUUAUGAUAUAUGUUAAGUGUACUUACUGUUGCAUCGAACUGAAUAAUAGAAUUAUGAAUCUACUUAGAGAAAAUAAAUUCUGUUAAAUGUAAAAUAGGUCUGUUUUAAAACUUUUAUUAAUCAUGUGCUAUUAAUUUAAACAUCUUUUAAGUCUGUCCUUUUAUUUUGUGAACUGGGUUCUCAUUAUUUUGCGAACUAGGUUCUUAUUUAGCACUCUUUAUGAAAGGCUACAAAUUUAGAAAUUAAUGGAAUAUUUUUUAUUAUUUUUAUGGAUGAAUAAGUAGGAUUUGCAUCUUUUUUUGCUAUUUAUGUACAAUUACAAGGUAUACAAGAAUUGCAUCAAACAACACCAUGGCCAGUUUUCAACGAUUGGCAAUUAUAAAUGCAUCAAUUUAUGGUUACUACAUGUAUAUAUGAAUAAGAUUAUGUCAUGUUCAUCCCUAUAUUCCAAAACAUAAAAAAUAUUUGUUUAAAAUUAAAGUUUAGAAUUCAAAAUGUUUGUUAUAACGGCCUAUUAUCAUUAAUAAAUGUCACAUGUUCAUUGUAAUAGGUGCUAUGCCACACAAUUUUGAUUAUUUUUGUUUAUGAAUGUACUGGAUAUAUAGUUCUUCAUUUGAAAACUGAAAUUUUUAAGAAAAGUUUCAUGUAUAACAAUGACAAAACCAAGAUUUCAUGCUUAGUUAGUUUGUUUUUUUUUAGAAUUUCUUUAAUUGUUUUUCCAUUAUAGUUGAUAAAAUAAGCCAGUUUACUGCUAUUUAUUUUUUUAAUUCUCAUUAUUCUGUGAACUAGGUUCUCAUUUAUAUAUAAAUACACCUUUAUCUGUUUAUGAUUAAAAUUUUUGUUCUUUGGGAAAAUAUGGAAAAAAAAAUUUGUAGUCUUCCUUCAAACAUGAGAAAAUUAACAAUAAAAUCUCUAAAAGUAAGUCAUUGAGGUUUAUUUUCCUUUGCUUAUUCCAAGAGUGCUUAUCAACAUGACUUAUUGUCCAAAUUUUAAGGAAAAAUCAAUGAAUGAUCUCUUCCAUGCAGCUUACUUUAAUUAGGUGAGUUGUUUGAUAUAUAUAGAAUAAUGUCAUUUUUGUUUUUGAUACUGACUUUAUCUGCAAGAAUAGCACUAGGGCUAGCUGAUAUUCGAGGUGAUGAAGUCGGAACCAAAAAAUAAAAAUCCAUUUCUCUUUUUAUCUGCAAUUUGUCUUAACUGUAUGUUUUUUUGGUUGAGAUAAUGAAGUAAAAUGAAGUAGUAAGUAAAACUACUUUUAUGUGUACAAAACGUUUGGAUAGUUGUUUGGCUGUAUGAAUGAAGUCGCGUGGAUUACAUUGAUAAAUUUAUGCGGAUGGACUUGGUCACGUGACUUUGCUGCACUGACACAUGACGUCAUUCCCUUAUAUAUUCAAGUAUCAAGUCCUACACUAGUAAUUUUUUGGGGCCCUUUAUAGCUUACUGUUCGGUGUGAGCCAAGGCUCCGUGUUGAAGACCGUACUGUGACCUAUAAUGGUUUACUUUUAUAAAUUUUUACUUGGAUGGAGAGUUGUCUCAUUGGCACUCAUACCACAUCUUCUUAUAUCUGUCCAUGAUCUUAAAAAUAUUCGGCAGUAAGAUCAAAGGGAAAAUGUACAAAUUGCCCAUAAACAUGCAUACUCCAUAUGUUUUAAAUUUCAAAAUUAAUAACCAGCUUGAUGUUGUUUGUAUUUUCAAUUUUUUAUACAAGUUAUUUUGAAACUAUUAUAAACUCUGUCGAAAACAUACAGUGCUUAGAUGUAGUCUGUAAUGUAAUAAUAUUUUGCAGGUAAAACAAUGAUAUUGAUUUGUCAGAAUAUGAAUGCAUAUAUUGUGUCCCACAUGUAGCUUAAAACUCACUGUAAUGGAUGUUCAUUGUACAAGCUUUACUCAUUGUUUUCACUUCACAAGUCAAGCUAUUUAUUGUGUGAUUCAUUAAAUUAUUCUAAUUCUUAUCAAAAUGGAAUAUUCACCUAGGUAUCUAAGUUUCUUUGACAGAAUAAUUAGAUAUCCCAUUCAUUUACUCUAUAGGUAUUUAUACACAUAAUGUGCAAUAUUUUGUAGAAUUAUUUAAGAUUUUUAGCUUUUUUUCAGUUGUUAUUUAUAUCUAUGUAUAAUGAUUUAAGAUUAGGAGAAACAGCAACCAAUGAUACCUUGUUAUACUCAAAAAAGUUUUUCUUCUCUUAAUAGAAACCAGUGAUAAUUUUGUUUAGUGUAUCAAUAUGAUUUUUUACAUCAACAUUUUUUAUUUUUUUAUUGCACAUAUUGCUUUGUACCUAAGCUGUCUACAGAUUUAUCCAUAUAAAACAACUUGUUAAGAAUUUACAGUCAAUAUUUGUAUAUUUGGUUUAUUGCAAGUGUAACCCAAGAUGGUAUGUAAGAAAACCAAAAAGGGAGAUAAUUUAUAAAAUUAAAAGGGGAGAUAAUUUAUAAAAAUAUAAUGGGAGAUAAUUUAUUAAAAGGAUAUCUUGAGUCAUUCUCUUUGGGGAAUCUCUCAUAUCUUCAAAUAUAUUUCAAAUGCAUAGAAAGAAAACAGUUCAUGUGACAGACAGAGAACUUAAAAUUAGUUAUGAGAGUUUGGACUUUUAAUAAUUAUAAUUUACAUAUUUUUAUCAAUGGAAUCUGAAUUUUUAACAUUUUCUGUUUCAAAGAUUCAUCUUGAGAUGAUCUAUUUCUUUUGAAGAGUUCUAAUUAUCAGAUGUUUAUAUACAUCUAGACUGGAGGAUCAUCUGUCUAACGGUCCAGAACAAAAGGAAAAGUUUUCACUGAUACUUAUAUGUUUUUUAGGCUAAAUCUGUCAAACUGAUGUAAAUCAAUUAUGUGCUAAUGUAUGAAAUCAAACUCAUGUUGUAAGUGAACAAUUUUUAGAAUAAACUUGUGAAAACAA